CGAAUUGCAAUACUGCGACUCCGAUGAACAAGAUAGAGAGCUGAGAAGCACUAUUUACAAAAGAAGCAAUAGGACAAUUUCCAUUGCUUUCUUGUGACAAACGUCCACUCUUUAACACUCGCUUUUAACUCUAAGAGAAGGUGUAUUGAAUACAGAAAUUCUGACCCAACAAAAGUUGAGGGUCGUGCGAUGCCUUUGCGUUUAUGGACAAUAGCCUUGAGAGGGAGGAAUUAGGGGGGAACGUAAAAUCCAGAAGAGGCAAAGAAUCAGUGAAACGUAAAACUCCAAAUAACAGUGAACAGUCGAAAAAUAAAAGGCCAAAGACAACAUCAGGACCAUUGGCAAGUUCCGCUAGGAGUACCUCUGUCCCAGUUUUACCAAGCUCACCAAUCAGUCACAGAACCCGAAGCUGUACAUCUUUGUUAACACUGGGGGCUUCAGCGUCCAGAUCGUCAUCACCUGCUGCUAGUUCUGACCUCAGCAGAAGAACCGUUUCUAAUCGUCGAUCUGAUAUCAACGUUUCCUAUCCGGCGAACGAAAGGAAUUCAAGAAGAGGGAAGACCUCCAGUGGCAGUACAAGAGGUGGGGAGAGUGAACAGCCUGGCAGUGCAAGUGAUCUCACACCAUCAGCAAGUGUACCUUCGCUAACCGCGCGUGGUAAACGUUCGUCUGUUCCAGGUCUUCACAAACCUACAUCAUCAGUGAGUCUACCCGAUACAAGAUCUGACAGUACAGCAUCGGGAUCUUCUACGUCGCUUCCUCAUGUAAAGAAACAUGUAGCAAGGGCGGCGAGCAGCAGUGCAAGCUCCUUGGAGACGUCGACUGAGCUGUAUGAUCACGCGGGUGUUGGUCAGAGGCGUCUACGACUGCGAAAGCAACUGGCAACAGAGCAGGAGGCUACUUCAUCUAAUCCUAAGCUAAAGCGAUCCGAGCAACGGUCACAGGAAAGCAGUAGUAGCAGCAGCGCACGUGCGUCUGUUCAUGCGAGGUUAAAGAAGCGCAUCUCUCUUUUCCAACUCAGGACAAACGAAGAGGCUACUACAGCUGAUCCAAGUGAUCUGUCCGAGCCAUCAGGCUUGCGACAGUCGCUUAGAAAGAAAAAAGCAACGGGAUCCUGCGCAAGUAACAAUAGUCGGCGAGCUGCUCGGGGGAAAAACAGCUUUUUUCAACGCCGACAAAGGCAAAAUAUGUCAUCAGACGAUGUCGCCCCAGAGCAACCUUCAACGUCAGGUCAAGACAGAUCUAGCGAACUUUCUCAAGGGGCAAGUGGUUCUCAAGGAAGCGACGAUGGAAGGCUUGAUGAAGAUCUUUCCCGUUUACAAGCACUGUUGGAAGCACGUGGCCUUCCCCCGCACUUGUUUGGUUCUUUGGGACCAAGAAUGCAUCAGCUUCUUCAUAGGUCAAUGAGCGGCGGUGUUAAUGGCAAGGUUCAACAGUUACUGACUGGUAUACAAUCGACAGAUGAAUGCCAACAGUUGCAGGCCGUUAUGGAACUCUGCCAGAUUCUUGUGAUGGGUAAUGAAGAUACAUUAGGAGGUUUCCCUAUUAAACAAGCAGUUCCUGCGUUGAUCAACCUUUUAUCAAUGGAGCACAACUUUGAAAUGAUGAAUCACGCUUGUCGUGCGUUGACAUAUCUUAUGGAAGCUCUUCCAAGAUCCUCCGUCGUGGUAGUCGAAGCCGUCCCAACCUUCUUACAAAAGCUGCAAUCAAUACAGUGCAUGGAUGUGGCUGAACAGGCUCUAACCGCACUAGAGAUGCUUUCUAGAAGACACGGAAAAGCCAUUCUGCAGUGUGAGGGAAUGUCUGCAUGUUUAACCUUUCUGGAUUUCUUCUCAAUAACCGCUCAGAGAGCUGCCCUAGCUAUUGCUGCUAACUGUUGUCACUUCGUCAGCAGUGAUGACUUUCACCUGAUAACUACUGCGAUACCUAUUUUAAGUGCAAAACUUCAAAUCCAGGAUAAAAAAUCUAUAGAAAGUUGCUGUCUUGCCUUUACAAGACUGGUUGAUAACCUUCAUAAUGACGAGAAACUGCUACGGGAACUUGCCCAUCAUAGUUUACUGACAAAUGUUCAACAAUUGUUGGUUGUAACUCCCCCGGUGGUGAGUACAGGGACGUUUGUUGCUGUACUUCGCAUGUUAGCUCUGAUGUGUGCAAACUGUCCGUACAUUGCUGUUCAACUUUUGAAAAACAACAUUGCAGAAACACUGAGGUUUCUCUUAAUGGGAGCGAAUGAAUUGAAAGAGACAGAAAGUCCCGAGCUUUCACCCAGAACGCCACAAGAAUUUUAUGAGAUUACUUGUCUUAUCAGCGAAUUACUUCCUAAUCUACCUUCGGAUGGCAUAUUUUCUUUUGACUCGUUGCUGAGUAAAGGCCAUAGACCAGAGCAAGCCUAUUGGCAGUGGAAAGAUGAUCAAAAUGUCUGGCAUUCGUAUUCGUGGAUUGAUAGCAGAAUCAUCGAGGCUGCUCACCAGGGUGGAGAGGAUGAGCUGAGUUUGAACACACUAGGAAGAAGCUACAUCGUUGAAUUCAAUUCAAUGCAACAGAUUAAUGAAGACACUGGCACAUCGCGUCCCAUACAGCGUUGUUCACGCGCGGAGUCCGCUAAUGCGGCGCUGUCAGUGAGUACUGCAAAGAAAGAAGAUGAAAGAAUUGUUUUCUUACAAGAAGGCAGCGAGAUCUCAUCCAACUUCACACUAACUUUAUUUGGAGAACUGAACGAAGUCCACAACUCCUCGGUCGGUCCUGCCGUACGACACAAGUGUUUGAACGGCAUACUAAGAAUGUUGUAUUACUCUCCGCCAGAACUUCUAAACAAAUUGAUAGAGAAAUUUCCUGUCUCGUCGCAAAUGGCGGGCAUGCUCGCGUCGAGCGACCUGAGAACAGUCGUAAAUGCGUUGCAAAUGGCGGAUAUAUUAAUGCAGAAACUUCCCGAGUAUUUUCACGUGCAUUUUCGCCGCGAAGGUGUUAUGCACAAAAUUCAUGAACUUGCCACAGCCUCCUUGAGGUCCCGGGCGACGAGGCAGGAAGAGGGGGGAGAGAGUCCUGUCGAAAAAGAGAAAGUUGUCGACGAGGAGAUGAAUGAGGCUGGCUCACAAGAUGGAUUUCUGAAUCAUUCGCCUCCAACCAGUCGGAAAUUCAGCGAUGUAUUGAGGAAGAAAAGAAGAUCAAAGCGCAUAAGCUACAAGAAGUCAACGUCAUUAGAAACACCUCGAGAGGGAGGAGAAGCAACACAUCCCAGAUCAUCCUCAAUGUCUUCUGUACCAACCGCUAUGUUGUCUUCGUUACGCGGUGUUUCUCUCAAGAAUACCACCACACCUGCCAGUAAAACACCUAAAACUCAAGCUAGCAGCGGCUGUAGUGAAAGCAAGUAUAAGAUAAAAGUUUGGAUCAAGCAACAAGCAAUAAAGUUUACUUCAACAUAUUUUGAAAACGAACAAAGUGAAUCGCACCCUGCUCUGGGUAUUCUUCACAGGCUUAGCAAUGCUUCUAGCGAACUCGGAAUGGGCUGCAAUGAAGAUCACCAGGCUUUAAAGGCAAUAGGGCAGGUUCUGUCGGAGAACGAGAAAAGUGCGUCAGCGUUUGAAAUUAUCCACAGUGGCCUUGUACCAAAGUUACUCAGUUAUCUAAAUCGACCGACGGGGAAAUCACGUUCUUCUCAUGAAAAACAUCUAAAGACCUUUCUGCAGGCAUUCCUUGGUUGUCCUCCUUCAGAGGAUGUGAAUGAAUGUUUUCAUGGCCCUGAUGAUGAUAAAAGAGUUUUGUUCACCAUUCUUGUUCAGAAACUUCAUGCCUGUGUUAACCAACAAGAACAGUUUCCUGUCAAAAUCCAUGAUGCACCAGGCGGUUGUGGUAAUGGCUCACGGGGUCUUCAGACUUUAAGAUUCUUUAAUUCUCAUCAAAUCAAGUGCUUCCUUCAGAGACAUCCAGGCAGCACCAAUGUCAAGAAUUGGCGUGGCGGUCCUGUUAAGAUUGAUCCACUUGCCCUUGUCCAGGCUAUUGAAAGGUAUUUGGUUUUGCGAGGAUAUGGGCGCGUAAGAGAGGAUGCUGACGAGGAGGGUAGUGACGAUGAUCUUUCUGAAGAAGAUAUCGAAGAAGCGUUGGCUUUCCAGAGCCCAGGCGCACAAAGCCGGCAUUACCUGGAAAUCAUGAUUGGAGACAAAGUAUUACCUUACAAUAUGACCGUGUAUCAGGCCGUCAAACAGUAUGGACAGGCUGAUGAAGAUAAAGAUCAAGAUGAAGAGGGUGUCCUCGGGAGACCAAGUAUUUGGGUUGGUACGCAUACCAUUCAUUAUCGUGCCAGUCAAGAUACAGGUGAGAGCAGCAGUUCGUCCAGUAGGACACCUAAUAAUGCCACUCCAUCAAAAACAGCAAGGAAAUCUCAAGGAAAAAGAAAUAAAGACUCCUUGAGAGAUAACAAUAACGGCGCCUCGUCCAGUAUGUCUAUAAUUGCGAGUUCGAUAACUGCACAAAACGAACUAAAAGAUGCGUCUGUGGAAAGCAUACGUCUUCUUCAAACACUUUUCAACCUCAACACAAAGUGGGGGACAGUUUACGAGUUGGAUGACAGAGGUGCUUUGAUUCCCCCUGCUGAAUUUAUCAGCACAAAGCUCACCGCGAAAGCUUCGCGGCAACUUCAAGAUCCGAUCGCAAUUAUGACUGGCAAUCUUCCUACCUGGCUUGGUGUAUUAGCACACGAAUGUCCGUUUCUGUUUCCGUUUGAAUGUCGUCAACAGUUAUUUUACUGCAGCACGUUUGAUAGAGAUAGAGCAAUGAGUAAAUUACAGGAAACAAUUCCAGAUUUGCUGAGUGCCGAAGGAACUGAUCGAGUCACUCCACGUUUAGAAAGAAAAAAGCGCACUGUCUCCCGUGAUAAUAUCUUCAAACAAGCCGAAGAGAUCGUCAACGAGGUCGGAAGUUCUCGUGCAAUUUUGGAAAUACAAUAUCAAGACGAGGUUGGAACUGGUCUUGGCCCCACAUUAGAGUUUUAUGCGUUAGUAUCCAGGGAGUUUCAACGGGCUGACCAGGCUAUUUGGCGAGGCGAAACUGUAGCAGAUGAUGAAGAUAUUCAGAAAGAAGUUUCGUAUGUUUUCUCUUCAGUGGGACUCUAUCCCAUUCCGAUUGCUAAGAACACUAAAGCAAGCCAGGUUACAAAACUAAAAUCGAAAUUCCGUUUCUUGGGAAAGUUUAUUGCGAAAGCCAUUAUGGACUUUCGUAUGUUGGACAUUCCUUUAAGCCAGGCAUUCUUCAAAUGGAUGCUUGGUAAGGAGAGCAUGUUAGAUUAUCGUGAUCUGCAUCAUAUUGACCCGGUCCUUGCCAAGUCUGUCGCCCAGCUUCGAGAUAUUGUUCACAAACGUAAGAGACUUGAAGCGGAUACUUCACAUACAGCAGACAGUCUGAAGUUAGCUGUGGAAUCCUUAACUUUGGAUGGUUUGCCUAUCGAAGAUCUUGACUUAGAUUUCAGGCUACCAGGAACUACAAUAGACCUCAAGAAAGGUGGAAAAGAUAUCCCAGUCACAAUACACAAUUUAGAGGAAUACAUCAAGCUGGUGGUACAAUGGACUUUGAUUGAUGGAGUUACAAAACAAAUGCAAGCCUUUAAAGAAGGCUUCGAGACCGUGUUUCCCUUGUCCAGUUUAAGCUGCUUCACACCAGAGGAGAUGGAUUUACUACUGUGUGGAAGCACAGCUGAAACAUGGGAUGUCAAAAGUUUAAUGGAAAACUGCCGACCGGAUCACGGUUAUACACAUGACAGCCGUGCUGUCAAGUUUCUAUUCGAAAUACUUAGUUCAUACGACAAAGACGAAAGAAGACGUUUUCUACAAUUUGUUACUGGAAGUCCGAAACUGCCUGUCGGAGGUUUCAAGCGACUUACACCACCGUUAAAGAUCGUUCGCAAAACGCUUGAAGCAUCUUUGUGCCCGGAUGGUUAUCUUCCAUCUGUCAUGACCUGCAUGAACUACCUCAAGCUACCGGAUUACUCUACAAAAGAAAUCAUGAAAGAAAAAUUACAUCAAGCUGCUGUGGAAGGCCAACAUUCCUUCCAUCUUUCAUAAGAUUACUAAAACAGCUGAGGGCAAACGCGACGCGUGACUUGAUGAUGCCAUUUGAACACUUGUAUAAAUUGACAUUAAUUUUUAAAAAAACAAACCCUACAGAUAACUGGACGAGGUCAAAAAAGAAACAUGGCGUUGUGUUUCCUUCGACUCGCGAUACCAUAGCAAACCUUUUUGUAAAUUCCUUGUUGCGUUUUAAUGUGAGCUGUUUCGUUCGAAAUUUGUAUGCAACUGUUAGCUAAUGCAAAUCUUCGUUUUUAAGGAUUUGCGAGGUGAUCGUACGUGUAAGAUAGACAAAUGCAUGGACGGAUAAUAACAAUAGAAAUAGAAUGGCGUUUAUUUUCAACAAGUAA